AUGAUUCCCCCGGUGAACAUGCUGCAGGGAGAUAGUAUUGGUAAAGAAAAUGAACGUGACCAGCAUGACAUGCCUCAGUCUCCCUCGUCCAUCAGUCAUCAAGAAUCAAAGCUGCAAAGACUGAAACGCUCGCUCUCCUUCAAGACCAAGAGCCUCCGCAGCAAGAGCGCCGACAACUUCUUUCAGAGGCCCAGCAGUGACGUCAAGUUCCAGACAGAGCACCUGUCAGAUAUCACACCCUCACUGAUCCCAUGUCUAGUGCCUACGUCAUUGUGUUCCCCAACCCACACUCCACGCCAGCCUGACCCCACCGCUCACAGCUUCUUGGAGCACAUCUUCAAGAAACCCACCUUCUGUGACAUCUGCAACCACAUGAUAGUAGGCACCACUGCCAAGCUGGGCCUGAGAUGUAAAGCCUGCAAGAUGAGCAUACACCAUAAGUGUGUGGACGGCGUGGGCCAGCAACGAUGCAUGGGCAAGCUGCCUAAGGGUUUUCGGAGGUACUACAGCUCCCCUCUUCUCAUUCAGGAACAGUUUGGCUGCAUUAAAGAGGUCAUGCCAAUCGCUUGCGGGAGUAAAGUGGACCCUGUUUAUGAGGCGUUACGGUUCGGGACAUCACUGGCACAGAGGACCAAGAGGACAAGUGGCUCAGAGUCCCCACACAGAAACUCAACCAGUGACCUGGCACAGGUGCCAGAGGAGGCUGUAGCCCAUAGCAGUCAUGCUCAGCUGACCAGAAAACACAGUGAUAAUGUUUUUACACCCCUUGAGAAUGGAACAGAGCAUUUCCAUGUGGCAGAACAGAAGCCUGAGAACUCACCGGCAAGGAGAGCACUGCGAAAGGACUUACUGCAACUCAACACCUACGUGGCCUUAUACAGAUUUACCCCUCAGGACAGUCAGGAUCUGGAAAUGAGGCCUGGGGACAGAAUUGUUCUAGCAGAUGACUCCAAUGAUGAUUGGUGGAAGGGUGUUAUUGAAGACAGGAUCGGUUUCUUCCCAGCUGCGUUUGCACACCAGGUGAGGGCUGGUGACAGAGUGUUCAGAUGUAUCCGCACUUUUAUUGGCUGCAAGGAACAGGGCCAGAUCACUUUGAAGGAAGGACAGAUUUGUGUGAGUGGUGAGGAGGAACACAACGGCUUCAUUCGAGUGGCCAGUGGAAAGAAGAGAGGAUAUGUGCCCUGUGACAUCCUGGAGAAUAUCUGA